UCCGUCCCGUCCCGUUCCGUUCUUACAUUUCUCGUCCCGUCCGCCCCCGCCCCCACCCGCCUCCAGAUCGAACAAACGGAAGGGGACACCGCCGGCAUUCCAUUCCGACGCCCCGCCUCGGAGGAGAGAAGGGAAGGGAACCCCCGCCCAGAUCUCCGCCGCCCCCGCCAUGCCGACGCCCGCCGACCCAGCCGCCGCGCUCCCCCUCACCCUCGACCUCGAGGACUUCAAGGGGGACUUCUCGUUUGACGCGCUGUUCGGGGGUCUGGUGGACGAGCUGCUCCCGGAGUACUGCGGGGAGGACGACGCCGCGCCCGCGCCGCCCCCGCCCCCGCCCGUUCUCGGGGCGGCCCCGCCCGUCUUCCCCGCCGUCGACGAGCUUCUCGGGCUGUUCAAGCACUCGUGCAAGGAGCUCGUCGACCUCCGCAAGCAGAUUGACAAGAGGCUCCAAAAUCUGAAGAAGGAGGUGGCGGUGCAGGACGCGAAGCAUCGCAAGACGCUCGGGGAGCUCGAGAAAGGUGUGGAUGGAUUAUUUGAUAGCUUUGCUAGAUUGGAUUCCCGCAUAUCCAGUGUUGGUCAAACAGCUGCAAAAAUCGGUGAUCAUUUACAGAGCGCAGAAUCCCAGAGGGAAACUGCUAGUCAGACUAUAGAUCUCAUCAAGUAUCUGAUGGAGUUCAACAGCACACCUGGGGACCUUAUGGAACUUUCUCCUUUAUUUUCUGACGACAGCCGUGUUGCUGAGGCUGCUUCAAUUGCACAGAAAUUGCGAUCAUUUGCCGAGGAGGAUGUUGGUAGACAUGGUGUAACAACAGCUGUAGGUUCUGCAAAUGCAAGCCGUGGUUUGGAGGUUGCUGUUGCAAAUCUCCAAGACUAUUGUAAUGAAUUGGAGAAUAGAUUAUUGGCUCGGUUUGAUGCUGCAUCACAGAGACGAGAGUUGUCUACAAUGGCAGAAUGUGCUAAAAUAUUGUCACAGUUCAAUCGGGGAACCAGUGCUAUGCAACAUUAUGUUGCAACACGGCCAAUGUUUAUUGAUGUUGAAAUUAUGAACACUGAUAUUCAAGUUGUUCUGGGGGAUGAGGGGCUGCAAGCUGACUCCAAUUAUAUUGGGGAUGGUCUAGCUCAAUUGUACAAGGAAAUUGCGGAUACUGUGAGGAGAGAGGCAACUACAAUAACUGCUGUUUUUCCUUCUCCAAAUGAGGUCAUGGCAAUACUUGUGCAGAGAGUGCUAGAACAAAGGGUAACAACUAUUCUUGAUAGAAUUCUGAUAAAGCCGUCUCUUGCUAGUUUGCCUCCUCUAGAAGAAGGAGGCCUUCUACAAUAUCUAAGAGUUCUGGCAGUUGCAUAUGAUAAAACAAAAGAAUUGGCCAAGGAUUCGCAGUCUAUUGGUUGUGGGGAUUUGGAUAUCGAAGGUCUCACUGAAUCCAUAUAUGUUGCUCACAAAGACGAGUACACAGAAUUUGAGCAGGCAUCACUCAGGCAGCUGUAUCAGUCAAAGAUGGCUGAACUGAGAGCUGAGGCUAAGCAACAAUCUGAGUCAACUGGCUCAAUUGGACGUGCAAAAGGCUCAUCUUUGACUGCAUCACCACAGCAACUGAUAUCUGUCACUGUAGUAACAGAAUUUGUCCGCUGGAAUGAGGAAGCCAUAGCCAGAUGCACACUGUUGUUUUCUCAGCCUACUACUGUUGCAGCUAACGUGAGAUCCAUAUUUGCGUGCUUGCUGGAUCAAGUGAGCCAAUACUUGACUGAAGGGCUUGAUCGUGCUAGAGAGAGUUUAAAUGAGGCUGCAGCUAUGCGGGACAGAUACGUCAUCGGGUCAAGUGUUAGUAGAAGAGUGGCGGCUGCUGCUGCUUCUGCGGCAGAGGCUGCAGCUUCUGCUGGUGAGAGUAGCUUUAGGUCCUUCAUGAUUGCCGUGCAGCGUUGUGCUAGUAGCGUAGCUAUUCUUCAGCAGUUCUUCUCAAAUACCAUAUCUCGACUACUCCUGCCUGUCGAUGGUGCUCAUCCAUCUGCUUGUGAAGAUAUGGGGUCAGCAGUGUCUGUGGUUGAGGCUGCUGCACACAAAGGACUGUUACUAUGUAUUGAUACUGUUAUGUCUGAGGUGGAAAGAUUAUUGUCUUCAGAACAGAAGGCUACAGAUUAUCGGACGCCAGAUGAUGGAGCUGCCCCAGAUCAUCGGCCAACUAAUGCUUGCAUAAGAAUUGUAGCCUACCUCUCUCGUGUUCUUGAGGUUGCAUUCAAUGCCCUUGAAGGUCUCAACAAGCAGUCCUUUUUGACUGAGCUGGGAAAUCGCUUGCAUAAGGGGCUGCUUAAUCAUUGGCAGAAGUUCACAUUUAGUCCCAGUGGUGGCCUGCGGUUGAAACGUGACAUAACUGAAUAUGGGGACUUUGUUCGAAGCUUCAAUGCCCCCUCCAUAGAUGAGAAGUUUGAACUGCUGGGAAUCGUGGCAAAUGUCUUCAUUGUUGCUCCAGAAAGUUUAGCAUCGCUGUUCGAAGGAACCCCAAGCAUCCGGAAGGAUGCCUUGAGGUUCAUUCAGCUCAGGGAUGAUUAUAAGACGGCAAAAAUUGCUUCGAUGCUUAACAAUAUCACAGCCGAAUGAUUGGUACUGCAAGCGCAUGAUGUUUAAGCGGAACGCAAUUUGUUGCUGUGGAUCUAGUCUGUGCUAGACUCUAGAAUGUCCGUCGGUUCUCGCAAAUGGUUCCUGACAAUUGGUGCCGCCUGUAUAGCUGAGCUUCGUGAUUACUUUAAUUCUUUGGGUUCCCAUUAUCUGUUACCUUUUACUUUUAUUUCGGGCUUGCUCAAUUUGAGCUGUACAUGUGGUUCAGGUUCCCAAGACACUGUACUUGUAUAAAGCAUUAAUUAUGUAGAGAAAUUUAUUUGGGUUGCUACACAC